CCUCCAUCGCCAUGUCAUCGGAACUCGAUCUCGCAAACACUUCGCCCGCUGCGAGCGCGCCUGCGACGGAAUCGCGACUUGUGAACGGGUUGGUCGGCCCGUUUGAUCUUUUAUCACGCGCCGGCGCAUUUGCUAACAUGAUUGAUUUUUUUUUUCUUUCUGAAAUAGUCACGAUGAUUCGGUAGAACGAAAAACGAACGAUAUUUCCCUGCAAGACGCAACGGCAACUGCGACGAAAGUAGAGGCGACUUCGGACGGUUCUGAUGUGGCGCAAACCAACCCCGAGACGGCAGAGAUGAAGCCCAUCGAAAACGUCGCUCCAGGUCUGGCACCGAUCGCCGACUUUCUUCCCAAAGAUCGGGCGGCGUCGCAUCCGACACCUCCCCCGGACGACGUCCCCAUCAACGCCGACGUCAAAUCUCACGAUACGGAAAUGCCGGAUCAAGAUGCCAUCGCUCAGCCCGAACCCAUCCUCACGCCCAAGCCCACCGAGACGAGCUUGGUGCGCCCUCGUGAGGACGAAAUUGAGGACGACAUCGAACCCGUCGCCAAGCGCACGAAGGUGGACGACCAAGACGAUCAAGACACGCCCAUGCCGGAAAGCACCGCCUCGGACUCGAUCAGCGUCGCACGACCUCGACCAUCACAGGAUGCAGUCGAAACCGAAACAGAGACCAAGCCGUUAUCCGAGGCAGAGCCUGCUGUCGCACCGGACGCCAAGCCAACCGUGGAAUCGUCCAGCACACCCGUCGCUCCCACUCCCGCUCCUGCGCCUGCGCCCGCCGCCGCCGCCGCCGCCGAGAAGCCAUCGUAUAGCAAGGAACUGAUGACGACUGCGCAAAAGGGCUUCUUGUUGGAGAAGAUGAAGAAUCUCAAAAAGACCCGGAAUUCGCAUUACUUCAACAAGCCUGUCGAUCCGGUCGCGCUGAACAUCCCUCAAUAUAUCGAAAUCAUCAAGCGUCCCAUGGACCUCAGCACCAUGGAGACCAAACUGAAGGCAGACAACUACGGCAGCGUCCAGGACUUUGCGGACGACUUCGACCUGAUCAUCAGCAACACGCGGCGAUUCAACGGCGACGCGCAUGCCGUGACGACGGCCGGGUUUUCGAUGGAAGCGUAUUUUCAUAACAUGAUGCGACUCGUGCCGAACACCAACGAGCCUGCCUCCUCGAAGCCGUCAAAGAAGCAAUCUCCCGCCUUCCAAAAGGCCCCGGCACCACGCCGGGAAUCGCGCGUCGUCGCCACCCCCUCCGCGACGGCCACGAGUCCCACGGUCGCGCCUGACACGUUCGCCCUCCAGCCAGACGGCACUCCGCAAAUCCGCCGCGACUCCAGCAUCAACCGGCCGAGCCGCGCGAUCAAGCCGCCGCAGAACCGCGAGAUCGCAUACGGCAAACCAAAGCGCAAGGAGUACCAACCGGAGCUCAAGUUCUGCGAGAUGGUCCUCAACCAGAUCACCAGCAACAAAUUCCAGCCGCAGAACAACCCAUUCCUCGUGCCGGUCGAUCCGGUCGCCCUCAACAUCCCCAACUAUCACCAGGUGAUCAAACACCCGAUGGACCUCUCCACGAUGCGCCAGAAGCUCAAGGUCGGCGAAUAUGCCAAGGCCAGCGAGUUCAAGAAGGACUUCGAGCUGAUCGUGGCCAAUUGCAUGACCUUCAACCCUCCCGGGAACCCCGUCCGACAGCUGGGUGCGCAACUCCAGAAGGACUUCGACGGCCUGUGGGCCGGCAAGGACCGGUUCGUGCAGAAGCGCAAGGCUGAGACGCAGCGCGCGGCUUCGGCCUCCGCGGAGGAGGAGAGCGCGGAGGAGGAGGAAGAGGACGAGGAGGCCACCAGCGCUUCCCAGGCGGACACGAUCCGAGCGCUGCAGAAGCAAUUGUCGGACAUGCAAAACGCCCUCGCCGGGCUCAACAAGCCCGUCAAGACGAAAAAGCCCAAGCCCUCCUCUUCCGGCAAGCCUCCGGGCAAGAAAUCGGCCGGGUCGGCGCUCGGUUCCAAGAUCAAGGGCGGAUCCAAGCCGAAGCUGCCCAAGAAGCCGCGUCAAGUCACGUACGAUGAGAAGCAGGAGAUCUCUUCGGCGGUGGAGAACCUCGACGGCCCGCAGCUCGACAAGCUCACCAGCAUCAUCACCGAGAACUGCCAGAAGUAUGCGGAGAUGGAGGAGAUGGAGCUCGAGAUCGACGACUUGCCCAACAACGUCCAAUUGAUGCUGCUCGAUUUCGUCCGCGGCAUCUUCGGCAACCCCAACCGGGUCCGCGCCGUCUCGCCCGACGACAUCGCCGCCAUGGACGACGACGACUUCGAGCCGGAGCGCGGCGCCCGCAAAGGCGCGGACGGCAAGCGCAAGAAACACAAGCCGAUGGGCAAGAAGGAGCAGCAGGACACGAUCAAACAGAUCCAGAGCCAGCUCGAAGCGUUCAAGCAUCCCGGCGCCGGCGGGGGUCAAUCCCCUGCCCUGGGUGGACCGGCACACAGCGGUGCCGACGAAAGCUCCGAGGACGACGCCAGCGAGGAGUCCGAGGAGGAAUGAGCCGAGCCGCAUGGGCGUCGGUGCCAAUGGUCGUACUACGGCAAUGACCGGAGGGCUCAACGAAGACCUCACGACGACCGUCGCGGAAAACGGCGAACCCGAAGCGCAACGCGCCAGAGGUCGAGCGAGAAUCAUGCGUAUGAGCGUCACGAUUAUACGAAUGAGAUGUUCCCCCCCUCCCUGGACUGAACGAGUCACGGUGGAUCCCAAGGACGGACAGGGUCGUUUCACAGGGGCCCAUCCAAGUCCAGACCCUCACGCCUAGAGCAGCGGACGAGCGAAUGGCACAACAUGAAUUUUCGAGCGUUCUUUCAAGAUCCUUGACUGCCUUUUUUCCUCUUAAACGCGACUGAGUACUGUAUAGUAGUAGUAGCUUGGAGAGAGAGAGGGAGAACGAAAGCGAGGGAGGGAGAGAGAGAGGAAGGAAGGAAGAGAGGGCAGCGCGUAUCGCCGCCGUCGUCACGGGGCCCAUCGGCCC